UAGUAGUUAGUUGUGAUCUUUAGACGUUUAAAGAGCCACAAGUAAUAGCACAAUAUUGAAUAAACCUUCAAACUACUGGAACAUGAUGUUCAAGGAUAAAGUUGUGAUAGUGACGGGCGCUAGUUCCGGUAUAGGAGCAGCGGCUGCGAUCGCGUUCAGCGCUGAUGGAGCGCGUGUUGUUAUGGUUGGCCGCGACAAUACCAAGCUAACAGCGGUCGCCGCGAAAUGCACCAACCCCCUCGUGAUCCUCGCCGAUGUUGCCAAAGAUGACGACGCGAAACGUAUCGUUGAUGAAACAAUAAAGAAGUUCGGCCAAGUGGACGUCCUCGUCAACAACGCUGGUAUGUCAGUUUUGGCCAGCCUUCUUGAAGGAGACAUGAUGAAAUCUUACGACACGAUUAUGAGUGUAAACGUUCGCGCCGUCGUUUACUUAACUACCUUGGCUGCGCCGCAUCUGAUCAAGACUAAAGGAAACGUUGUCAAUAUUUCCAGCGUCGCUGGUUAUGUAACACCAGUUACACCAGGUUCAAUAAACUACGGUGUUUCGAAAGCCGCUUUAAAUCACUUUAGUAUAUGUGCUGCUGCAGAAUUGGGACCCCACGGUGUAAGAGUAAAUGGCAUCUGUCCGGGACCAGUCAGAACUGACUUUUUAACCAACGCUAAAUAUCCUAGCUCAUGGGAUGACUAUACGACGAAACUAAUUCUUGGGAGAGUGUGUGAAGCAAACGAGGUGGCAGAUUUAAUUAUGUACCUCGCGAGUGAGAAAGCCAAGUCUAUAACAGGAUCUAACUACGUGAUAGACGGCGGUAUAAUGGUCAAACGAAGUUAGCUGAAUAAAGAGUAUUAAAAUUGU